AGUUUCCUGUCCAGAAUAUAUCAAGAAGUUUGCCAGUUUUGUAAUCAGUUUUGUUGUUUACGCGCUGUGUAGUUCGCGGGUGCCCCUUGCGCUGUGUUUUGGUUUUGUUCAGCUCGUUUUGUGUUUUCCAGUCUACAAAUGAGGGAAUUACCACAGGCGGCACAGCGGGAGAAGAUGCCCAGAGGAAUAUUCCCUAGAAAAAAGAUGUCAGAUUUCCCGACCGAGGGGACAGACAAUGUUGACGUCACACCAAAGAUGGCCGCCGUCAUGGAGAACUUCCAGAAGAAGAAUUCUGUUGGCUCCAUGCAAACACAGAAGACGGCCAGUUCUUCGGCGCAACAGAUGCUGUCCAACUCGUCGUCGCGGGUGGCAAAGACGUGCACUUCCUCCAGCUCCUCGACGACCCAGAGGCUCCACAUGAGUUCAGAGAUGAAAGCGUCCUCCAUGAAGUCUGACCUGACCGAGCUCAAAAGCUCCAUCUCGGAGAUGAAAAAUAUUUCCAGCGUCAACUUCAACUCCAUGAGGAAAUCCGUGGAGGAUUUAGUAGAGCUGGAUGACGCCGGAGGAGGGGAAAACGUAGAACCGAUCGUCACGUUUCCUGACACUCCUGAUGUGAACGGACCCGGGAACGCGACCGGGAUGAUCCUAGCACCCGUUACGUCGGCGGCGGCAACGUCUUCCUCUACUACCACGGAGUCCUCGGUCAAGUUCGAACAGAAGAGGAUGAAGGUGGUGACAGACCAGUUCAGUGCCGAGAAGGAGAUGGCCAACUCCGAGGAGCGCAGGAGGGUGCAGACGGGAGAGGUGAGCUACCAGGAGCAGAGCGCAGCGCAGGCCAUGAGGGCGAGGCUGGAACUGGAGGGUGUGUCAGCGGAGAAGAGUCUCAACAUGAAACAGGAGCAGAGGUCACUUAAGGCAGGGGAGAUCACAGCACAAGAGAGUCAGAACAUGAGCGCAGCCACCAUGAGACUACAGACAGACUCUUUUACUGCUGAAAAGAAGGCCAUGCAGCAGCGCCAGAUGGUCAGCAGCACUGGGAUAUUCAGCAACCAAGAGAAGACUCAGCAUCACAUGGCGCAGAGCUCUCAGGCCAACAUUACCAUCACGACCAAGGGAAUCAGCACCAAGUCUUCAUCCCUACUAUCCUCCUCCCAGAUGAGUUCCAUGAUAAACGGAACUGUAAAGAGCCUCGAGGAUAGUGGAGGGUUGCAGAGUUUUGAAGAUCUAGAGAAUCUCAGUGUCACUUCAAGUCCUCAAGAGGUGGCAGCUGCAAUACACAAGUACUCCAAAUUACUCGACUCACUAGUGCAGAGUAUCAGACGGGGCGAUGGCAAGCGAGCUCCAAACAUCCUCAACAACAUCAACGAAAUGAUGAGGAAAGCCUGGGCAGUGCCUGCCCAUGGUCACGAACUGGGGUAUUCACUAUGCAACGCUCUCCGAGACUGUGGUGGCUUGGAUCUUCUGAUGAACAAUUGUUCUGUGGACGACCGAGAAGUGCAGUUCAGUUCGGCGAAGCUGCUGGAGCAAUGUCUGACGACGGAGAACAGAGCUCACGUCGUAGAGAAGGGACUUGAGAAGGUGGUGAAAGUAGCCUGUGUAUGCACUAAGAAUGCCAACUCUGUGGACCACUCAAGGGUAGGAACAGGAAUCCUACAACAUCUGUUCAAGCACAGUGAAGGGACGUGUAGUGAUGUGAUCAGACUGGGAGGACUGGACGCAGUGUUGUUUGAGUGCAGGAAGAACGAUAUAGAAACGUUACGCCACUGUGCUGGUGCGUUGGCCAACCUGUCUUUGUAUGGAGGUGCGGAGAACCAAGAGGCGAUGAUCAAGCGUAAAGUACCCAUGUGGCUGUUCCCUUUGGCAUUCCACAACGAUGACAACAUCAAAUACUAUGCCUGUCUUGCCAUCGCGGUCUUAGUAGCUAACACGGAGAUUGAAGCAGCUGUGUUGAAAUCAGGCACUUUAGACCUCGUGGAACCGUUUGUAACAUCUCACAAUCCUUCAGAAUUUGCCAAAUCAAACCUCGCACAUGCACACGGACAGAGUAAAGAUUGGCUGCAGAAGCUGGUGCCAGUGUUGAGCUCAAAACGAGAAGAGGCGAGGAAUCUUGCGGCGUUCCAUUUCUGCAUGGAAGCGGGGAUUAAGAAGCAGCAAGGGAACACAGAGAUAUUCAGAGAGAUUGGAGCCAUUGAGCCGCUGAAGAAGGUCGCUAGUUGUCCUAAUGCUGUUGCGUCCAAAUACGCAGCUCAGGCGUUGCGACUCAUCGGGGAAGAAGUUCCACAUAAGCUGAGUCAGCAAGUACCUCUCUGGUCAUCAGAAGAUGUGAGAGAGUGGGUGAAGCAGAUUGGGUUUCUUGAGUACGCCAACAACUUUAUCGAGAGUAGAGUUGAUGGAGAUUUGUUGCUGCAACUGGCUGAAGAAAACUUAAAAGAAGAUAUCGGCAUUGUUAAUGGAAUCAGAAGACGGAGAUUCACAAGAGAACUUCAAAACCUCAAGAGAAUGGCCGACUACAGCAGCAGAGAUGCAACAAAUCUCAAUGCUUUCCUACAGAACAUCGGACCCGAGUUUUCCAUCUACACGUACUCCAUGUUGAAUGCAGGAGUUGACAGGGAUUCUAUCAGGUGUCUGUCAGAAGAUCAACUCCUGAAUGAAUGUGGCAUCACUAACAGUAUACACAGACUGAGAAUAUUGGAAUCCAUCAGAGAAAUGGAGAACAGUCUCACCAACUCUUGCGAAGAGAACUUGGACAAGUCCUUAGAUGUUUUUGUCAGCUACAGGAGAUCAAAUGGUUCUCAACUUGCAAGUCUACUGAAGGUCCAUCUACAGUUGAGAGGGUUCUCUGUGUUCAUCGAUGUGGAAAGGCUGGAGGCAGGCAAGUUUGACAACAACCUACUGCAGAGUAUACGUCAAGCCAAACACUUCCUACUGGUGCUCACCCCUCAGGCAUUGGAGAGGUGUAUAGCCGACAGCGAGUGCAAGGACUGGGUCCAUAGAGAGAUUGUAGCAGCCCUGCAAUCCAACUGUAACAUCAUUCCUAUCAUAGACAACUUUGAGUGGCCAGAACCAGAACACCUACCAGAGGAUAUGAGAGCUGUUUGUCAUUUCAAUGGAGUCAGAUGGAUCCACGAUUACCAAGACGCAUGUGUGGACAAACUGGAAAGGUUUAUGAGGGGAGAGCUUAAUAUGAGAGGUGGAGUGGAUGUGUUGAGAGGGGUGGGGGCUAUGAGCACUAGUGGUAAGUCUGGUUCGUCUAUUCAGGGCGACGUAACCCCAGGGACCCCGUCUAUUGUCCGAGCUCCUCCCACCUACCAAAGGAUGCACUCCAAUGAGAGUGGCAAGGGUAGCGACAAAGAUGUCAACGGCAACCGAGAUUGACUAGAAGGGCCCGCCAGGCGACGCAAGUCGUCCAGUCCAUUGACGCCCGCCUGGCGGCCGCCAACCAGUCCAAUCUCGUCAGCACGAGCACGUCGCCGCAAGUUGACAUCACCACCAUCGCGCACACACAGUGUGGAAGGUCUGUUGGAUGCCAGUAACACUGCGACUGUGACAUCUCCUCCAGAGACCCCACUGCCACCGUCACGCACUCACAGCUCCGACGCUCUGUUGCAGUCUACGCCCAUGGAGCGGUCAAUGAGUCUCAACGAUCAACUUGACACUAUAUCCGACUCCAUCACAUCCGGCAGCGACUCCACACUCAAGCGAAAGCGCAACUUCAUGGACCGUUGUGUGAAUAAAGUACGGUCGUUGAUAAAAAAAUAGACCUAGUCACUGCAUAUUGAGAUCUCAUUCUUAGUAGAUUCGUUGUAUUUCUGUAAAUUUGGAUUGUAAAAUUGUACGAGUUACAAAUUGUACAAAUUUUGUAAGAGUUAUUUAUUAUAUAGAUUUUAUUGAGAUCUAAUAUUUUUGCCUUUAUACAAACCGCCUUUCUCGAGCAGCUUUUUGUACAUAGUGUUUUAAAUAGUCUGUAUAGUGUUAUGUAAGUGCCUGUUUGCUAGUAUAGUUCAUUUUACAUGGCGAGCUAAUGUUAUUUUUAUAUUGUAGACUUUGCAUUAGGUUAAGUCUAAUUUGCCAAAUUAGUCUAUUGAAAUAGUUGUAUGUGAUAAUUUAUGUACUUUAGGUCUGUGAACGAUUUUAAUUUAUUUAGAAAGUCUAUUUUGAGAUACACCUAACAAACUGGAAAUAAAAAUAUUUUUAUUA